AUGGACGAGCCUGCGGUGCCCUCGACGGAGGGUCCUCCUCCCCUGCCAUACUCUCUCCGCCAGCGGAAAUUGUCCAUCGCCUUCUUCUGGACGCUGUUCGUCAUCGACACCCUGGUUCAGCCGCUGGUGCUGUAUUAUGCCCUCCGUUAUGGCACCGAUCUGUCGCUGAACAUGGUCUUUACGGUCAGUACGGCGGCAUUAGGGGGUGUCUCAGUCUUUGAAUACUUCUAUCGGUUGUACAACCUGUUCCGAAAGAACUCACGCGCGAGGCCGCUGAAUGCGCGAAAGUCAUGGAUCAACUUUACCAUUGUGUGGUUGAUCCUGGCGGUCGAGUUGAUAGUUUGGUUUCCCUUCUCUAGUGGAACGGUCCAUCCAGUACCCUAUGUCCGUCUUCUUGCCAUGCCCCUGCCCACGGUCAUGUUCUAUUUUGGUGGAGUCCACCUCUCGCUCGACAUUCUCCGCAUGUGCGGGUGUAAGGCGCCCUUUCGGAUUUCCUCCACGCCCCAGGGCUCCACGAUGCCCACCGCGCUCUAUGUUCUCAUCGAGGACAUUGUCGCGGUGGAUGGGGGUGGUGGCCAGAAAUACCGGUAUGCCCUGCGGACGCGAUAUCUGUCGAGCCCGUACUUCCGUCGGAUGCUUUUCGAGAUGAACUGCUUCUGGGCCGGAGGGUCUAUGGUUUUUGCGGGGGCCAUUACAGCAAUCAUCUUUACGACGCCUAUCAAUGUUGCUUAUACACUUGGCUGGGCUCUACCGUUCGGGUGGGCUGGGGUCUGGACCCUCAUCACGUUCCCUUGGGUCCGAGCGGAGCUCCGCCGGGAGAAGGAGACCUGGAGUCGAACCCGCCGCGGCGAGCUCUACACGGACGACAUCACUGUCAAUCCGCGAACGCGGUUGAAUUCGUUUCAGGACCGCCUAUUCCAUUUCGCGAGGGAAAAGCAAACCUCGCCACCGUCAUCAUCAGACGGUGCAGCCCCAGGUGCAGCUAACGGCGAACCGGCACAUCAACCAGAUCACGAUAAAGAACAAGAAGAAGUAUAG